AUGAGCGGGGGCACUCCUUACAUCGGCAGCAAGACCAGCCUCAUCUCCAAGGCAGAGAUCCGCUACGAGGGCAUCCUCUACACCAUCGACACUGAGAACUCCAACGUAGCCCUCGCCAAAGUUCAAUCCUUCAGUACAGAAGACAGACCAACAGACCAUCCAAUACCACCUCAAGAUGAAGUCUUUGAGUAUAUUGUAUCCCGGGGGAGUGAUAUCAAAGACCUCACUGUUUGUAAGCCACCAAAGCCACAGUGUUCUUUGCCUCAGGACCCAGCUAUUGUUCAGUCCUCACUAGGUUCAUCAUCUUCCUUCCAGUCGGUGGGUUCCUAUGGACCUUUUGCCAGGAUGCCAGCAUACAGUCAGUUCAGUCCAAGCACAUUGGUUGGGCAGCAGUUUGGCACCGUUGGUGUUUCUGGGAGCUCCCUGACAUCCUUUGGAACAGAAGCAUCAAAUAGCAGUACCUUAUCCCAGAGCAGCACAGUUGGUUCUGCCUUCACACAGGAUACAAGAUCUGUAAAACCACAGCUAGCCCAAGGUCGAUCAAGCCCUCAGUUAGACCCUUUGAGAAAAAGUCCAACCUUGGAACAAGCAGUACAGACUGCCUCGGACCACUUACCUGCUCCAGCACCUGUUGGGAGAAGAAGGCCUGUACCAACCAGGCCUUUGCCAUCUUAUGGCCCGGUGCUGGCUCCCCUCCAAGCCGGCUCCCGCGUCCUAGCGGGCUUGCGUGAAGGGCAGAUCACUUUGCUGCGCGGCUCGCAGCUCCGAUGCCCCAUUAAUAACUGUGCGGCCUGCGCUCAGUCUUCAUCACCCGUGUGUUGUGCUACCUGCCGAGCAGAGAUCUUCAUUAACAAGCAGACCCACGGCCUACUGGUCCAACACCUGAAAGUCACAUUCGCCAGGCCCCUAUCACAGGCCUUACAAACGGACAGCCAGCGGCGAAAGGGGACCCCCAAAUCGGAAUGGUGCUCAAACUCACCCAAAGGUCCCAGCGCAAGAAGCCAGGAAUAA